CGUGAUAACAAAUGAACAAUUAUGAAAAAAUGGAGGAGGUGAAUGAGAAAGAAUCUCCUUCCAACUACUCUCUGCAGAAAGGACCGUUUUGGGACUUUUUUUUGCCUUUGUUCGUCUGUGUGCCGCCGUGGAGCUCAAAUGGCCACUCUUUAUCGGAUGCAAAAGGAACCACACAACAUUCAUCAGGCCCACAUGGAAAAAAAUUGUGAAAUUUGCGGUGAUAGAGGUUUUCAAGAAGCAAUUAUUACCUGCUAUUUGUGUAAAAAUGUUGACGUGCAUCAAUAUUGUGUGGUGGGCUAUUGUGAAGAUGCACCAGUGGAUUGGAGUUGUGAAGAAUGUGAUAAUGGCAAGGGGGUAAUGUCUUCCUCAUGUGGACUAGAAAAUGAGCAUUCUGAGGGAUCCAAGUUACAUGUCUAUGCUGAGAUUUGUCAUAGUACUGUGCGACCAAAGAAACAUAGUAAGCUUCCUGGUAGGCAUGGUAUUAACUGGGAAAAGGAGGUACAGACCGGGAAAACAAGAUAUCUACCUGUUGAGGAAGCACUUAGUAUGUCAUCAGGCAUCAAGAGAUAUGGAUCUCCGCUGAUAAAUACUGGCUCCUCUAGAGUUGUGUUGACCAAAUCCAUGGCAACCAUGACUCGAGGGAAUUUUAGCAAGUCUAGAGCUCAUACUUCAAAUUCUUUUCCUGAGAAGAGCACAGUGCAGCAGUCUUUAGGAUCAGCAGGAUAUACAAAACCUCAGAAUCUUCAAAAUGCCAAAAUCACUGAACAGAGCAAAAAACAAGGACAAUCAUCUAAAGCCUAUAUUUUAGGUCUCGGUGGUUUUGCCAUUCUGGAGCAUAGGAGUCCCGAUGCUGUGAACGAGAGUCGAAUGAUGAAUCCAUCUAUGACACACCCUUGUGAUUCUGCUCUAGUUCCUUCCUGGAAGGGAUGUUUUGACAUCUUAGGUGCUCCGGAACUUGCACCUGGGAUAUUCAAUAAUUAUAUCCAAGCGCAUCCUCCUUCCAGAGUUAGACGGAAAGUGUAUGAGUUCUCAGGGCUGUUGCCUUCUACUCUUAAAUUUGAACUAGUUCCGCGUGGGGAUAUCUGGGCAAGUCUAUUCAACAAUCAUUGUCCGGGUAAAGAAGAUAUAGGACUGUAUUUCUUUGCAAGUGAGGGAGAAAGGUCUGAGAUAUAUAUUGCUCUGGUGGAGUUCAUGCGUAUCAAAGAUUUGGUGAUGAGAACGCUUAUAAAUGAUGUUGAGCUGCUUAUACUUCCAUCCACAGCCCUGAGCAGUGAUUCUCAAAGAUGGAACAGCAAGCACUUCCUGUGGGGAUUAUUUUACCGCAUGGGACAAGAUACAGACGGAUGUGCUGAAGGGGGCAGCAACAAAGUGAUUGAUAUGGAGAUAGAAAUGAUAGGGGGGGAAGAUGUCUGUACAGCCAAUAAGGUUGACAUGGAGGCUUAUCAUCAGAAUGAGGUUGAAAUGCCGAUAGACAUGAUAGGGCAGAAAGAUGUCUGUACAGCCAAUAAGGUUGACUUGGAGGAUUAUCAGAAUGAGGUUGAAAUGGAGAUAGACAUGAUAGCUGGAGAAAAUGUAGGAACCCUGGACAUUGUUGUCUCGACAGCUACCAGAAACGGCUUUGAUACCUCUUUAAAAGGAACUGUUACUUCUGCUACCUGCAAUGCGUCUGAAUCAGCUACUCCUUUGGUUUCAAGAACCUCCGAGGGUUGCAAGGAACUGCUUCAAGUAAUCAAACGCGAGCCUGUUGAUGACUUCCCUACAGGUUUUAUGCCCCGUUUAACGCCUACUAAAUGAGUGGCGCCACCUGGAAGUUAAUCAUGGUUGCUGCCAACUUCUUGUGAUUAUCACUACUUAAUUUGAAUCAAGUUCAUUAGGUAUUGGACUAGCUUCAACGAAAAGAUCAAUUUAUGUUAGCUUAGCUAAGAUGUUUGUUCCUGGCAUUUAGGUGUAAAACUGUUGCAAGUAUUUUCUUGUUGUUACUGAAUUAUCCGUAAGUAGGUCUGGUUUGUAAAUUUGUUGGUUGGGUAUGAUAGAGCAACUAUUUUCAUGGCAUAUGUUGAAGGUAUGUUGUUUGACCAAAUUAAGUAAUUUUGGUUCAAAUUUUAUAUUUAUCUUAAGAAAUUUAUUAA